GAUCACUUCAAGUUCAGAGAAAGCGUUCGCUUUUGUGGUUUUGUGCACUGUAUGAGUAUGAGAAAAGUUUGUAAUUGUUUGGGUAAUGGUUAUUGACUUUUUUUAAAUUAAUGAAAUAGACUAAUAAUUCUUUAGAAGAAUAGUGGUUUUAAACUCGACUAAGUUUAGUAUGUAAUCGACUUUAUUUUAACGUUCUUAGAAACAAUGUAGGCUGUCGCAAACUCAGUGCUAGUUAGGUACUGAAUUUUAAGAUUCUUGUGUUCUGUUUUUAUAGAAUACCGUAACAUUUUUAUUAAGGUAGUUGAGUAGAGUAAAGAGAAAAUGGAAAGAGUUUUGAAGCCGUUCCCACCUGAUGACAACAUGGGACAGCAAAUGGAAGAGGCCGUUGAUGAGAUGACUACAACAGACGCACCUGUGACGUCACAGCCAGCUGUGGUUAGAAGGAGACCAUGGGGUACUAGAAGAAGGACACGAUCCACUGGCAGUUUACCAUUUACAUGGUAUCAGAAGGCAAGUGAUGAUUCAAGCAGCAGUGUAGGAGGUGACUGGGCAGCUAACAGAGAAAAGAUAAUAUCGAGUCUUCAUCAGAGUGAUUCGGAUGAUGUGUCAGGCGUGCAGACGUCGGGCGCACUGUUUAACCUGCAGUCCCGUCAUCUGCAGAGACAGCUGGCCGGUAACAUGGAGUCUGACUCGGUCAAUGAGAACUUCUCGCCCAUUCGCCCGAACACCAGGAGGUAUUUCACAAAAAGGAAGUUCAAAAGAAUGGCGGUGGACGUUGAGAUGGCGUCAACUUCACGGCCGAACAUUGUGCUGCCCUGUGUGGGACCACCGGGAUCCAUUGCCGGCAAAAAGAAACGAGUCCUCAGACAUAACACCAACUGUGAGAACAGAUUCUGCGGCAACACGCAAAUUCUGUCGGGCGCUUCGGGCAAACGCAAGCGCAGCAGUCACCAUCAUCACCAUCAUCAUCAUCAUCACCACCAGCACCACCACCACCACUACCGCAGUGGAGCCGGCACCAAGACCGACACCACCAGUCUGGCGGCAGACUCGCCUCGCGCGCUCGGCCUGCAGCGACUCAGCAUCCGCGAUGAGGUGUCACCGUCGCCGUUGGUUGCCAUGGAGACGGCGGCCGCCCCUGCCCCUGCCCCUGCACCGCCGAGCAACAGCUCGCUGUCCAGCUCCGAGAGCGAUACGGGAAUAUUCACCAACGAUGAGGGUCGUGAAGGUGACGACGAGCAGAGCGACUGGUUCGGGGGUGGCGAAUCGGGUGGUGGCGGUGGUGCGGCGGGGGGAAGUCGCAGCCUGUGGGAGGACUCGGACCGUGACGAGGACAUGGAGCCCUCCUUCCAGGCCCUGCUCACCGGCAACAUCGACCUAGCCGACAACCACACCUGGCAAAGAGUGCGCAUGCUCAACGAACGACUGGGUCGUGGCCAUAGAGAGAUCAGAGGAGGUCGCAGACGUGUGAGGAGUGAGAAGCCCGGAUUCAGUGUACUCACCUCGGCCAAUGAAAAGCUAUCCAAAUUCCUACAGGAUCCUGCACAGUCUGAGCUCAGGUUGCAUCCCAUGCAGAAGACAGAGAGAGACCAGCUGAGCUACCUAGCGGAACUGUACUCUCUCAACAUGAAACUAUCCGAAUCCUCUCACAAGGGGUUCACCUGUCCAAUUCUAACCAAAACCAGCAACACAAUGAGAGUGGAGCACGUAUCGUUGGGCAGGUUGAACACCCUCGGGGACUUCAAACGUCGCAGAAAGACUCCGCCCUGUGGAAGUUUGUUCAACGGAUCUGAAGCAGGUGGGACCUGUGACAAUAGCGCCAGCAGUAGUAUCGCUGCAGUACCUCAGGCGACUACAAUCAUGCCUGAUCUCCUGUCUUCUUUCGAUAAUCGCUCCAGUUAAGUUGAGGGGAUUAUCAACUACUGCAAUUUUAAUCUUUUCGAAGGUUUCAAUGCAAUAUUGAAAAGGCAGCAAUAAUUUCAAGAAGUACUGAGUUUAUUUUAGAUUAAGUUGAGUGGACUUAUGAGUCGAUGUAUCAAUAUAUAUGAAAGCUCCCUUAUCAAUUUUAGGAUAUAAAGCUCACCCUAUUGAAUUGAGCUUAAUAUUUUAUUUCUAUUGUAAAUAAUUAUUUAAAUAUAAGUCGGAAGCUGAAAAUCCUAUUUUCCAAUGAUCUCAGACAAUAUCUACAUAAUUUCAUUUCUCAUGUUUCAUUCAUGAAAAAUCGAUAUUGAAAGAAUAUCAGAAUUUUUCCUAUGCUUCCACGGAAUCGUUCCUUCUCUACAUCUGAGAACAUUUUUCAAAUCAUCCUGAUUCUUAUCCACUCACAUUGCAAGUCUUUUAAAUUUUCAUUUCCAUUAAAAUACCAUUUUAAAGAAAGAAUACCAUGGUAAAAUAGUAUGGUAUUUGAAAUCCUAUCACUUUCUUUUUAUUUUGAAAGAAAAUUCGCAUUAUUCUUCAUUAUAUUUCUCAUUUUUGAUAGUAUGUGACGAUAAAUGAAUACAACUAAUCGUUUUCCAUUCUCGUCACUAGAGCGUCUAUCUCGAAGUAAAUGUAUUUAUGUCUGCUUUCAAUGCAGAAUAGUGUUCUCUCAAAGAAGAGAAACUCAUACUCGUGAUGGAAGUAAUACUUUUUUCCGUAUUGGUUACUAUUUAAUCAAAUUCAUUGGUUUAUUCAUCCAUUUAACCAAAAGUAUUGGUUUCAGUAAAUGUCAAUUUUAUCAAAUUGAUCAGUUUUAUCAUUAAGUUACAAAAUUUAUUGUUUUAAUUAAUAAUUAUUCCAAAAUAAUAUAAUAUAUUUCAAGGCAAUUUUUAUACCUUUCUGCUCAUUUGUUUGAAAGCAAUCACUUCAUUUUAUCUUCUUACAUUCUCCAUUGUCAUUUAGCAUGUGUAUUUUUGUACUUGUAAACAUGUGUAUCCGAUUCCCAUCACAUUUGUGAACUCUUAUUCCUAAAGUUUGUAUUUUUGAGAGGUUGAAUUACUGUAUUUAGUUUGAAGUGAGUGAGAAUUUUACAAGGAUGAAUCUAAGUUGAAUUAUAUUGAACUUCAAUGAUAAAAUAGUUACAUCAAAUCUCUUUAAAUGUGUGUGUGUGUGUAAGUUCCAAAGUAACUUCAUGACGGUCGUUGUCAUUUCGAGUGAAUAGCAUUGAAUUUUACAUGUUUGAUGUAACAUAGAUUAUAAUAUAUCAUGGUUGUGAUUAUUUUCAAAAGUCAAUCAAGAACUUGUAAGUUUAGUCAAACAACUGAUAGAAUCCAUACAAAGUACAAAGUUGAAGUACAGUAUUUGUGUUACGUUGAUAAGCAGCAAUUAAAAAAUAAAAACCAUUUCAUUGAUGUUUAGAAGUAAAAUAAAUGUGCAUUUUAUAGAAAGGCUUUUUUGGAAUGUUUAGUCUACAUUUAAUAUGCCAAUUAUUGAAUUUUCUAUGUUUCAAUAAUAUAUUGUCCAUCUUGAAGACACCAAUCUUUGAAUAUAUAUUUUGGUAAUCCAUCAUCAGAUUCAUUACUUCAUUACAUAAUUGAGAUUUUAUCACUCAGCAGAUUCACACUGGAGUUUUGCUUUGAUAAACAACCUUAUUGGUUUCGAUCAUUAUUAUUCUGAAUGAAAAUUUGUAUACCUUUUUGCUUACUUGUUUGAAAGCAAACUUGUAUUUAUAAACGAUUUUCAAGAACGUUCUUAGCCAAGCACACUCUAGUUGCCUAGCAACUAGCUACAAGAAUAGUUCUGAUUAACUCCUGUUAUUGGUUGCUAAUCCAUUAAAGUUCACUUGUAGCUGAGAUGGCUCAUGAAUCUUUUAUCAGAACGGCCCUGAGGUUUCCCUUCAUAAAGAUCAAACUGGUCUAUGAAUUUUGUAAAGAUAUAAUUAUUUUAUCACCAUUAUUUCAAAAUAUUUUUUUUAAAGAGAAACGCUUUAGUUUGUAUUUCUUGACUAUUUUGUCAAUCCAGAUUUUCAUCUCAUUUGGUCUGUACACAUUUAUAAUAUUGUUUGUAAAUACAAAAAAUUGCGAAGAAACAUGUUAUUUUGAGAAAUCUCCAACAUGAAGGUUGUAUGCUGGCGCAGAUUUGUAUUCAAAUUUUUGAAAAAUAUUGUUUUAUUAAUUGAGUGAUAUAAUUUCAGUCUGAUUUUAAAGGAAAAGUGUCUUUCUUGCGAUGUUUUAAAAUAUAAAUAUAUUAUUUGGUCAUUCAGGCUACUUACUAUCCAUAAUGUAUUAAUUUUCUGGAGGGAUCGACUUACGUUGUCGUUCGGUUUUUGAUUGAAAAAAAAGUAUAAUUCCCAUUAUAUCUAUUUGAUUAAAAAAAAUGUGUGAUUUCCAUUAUAUUAAUUUCUAAUAUUUCAAUUUCAUUUUUUUAUCUAUAAUUGAUUAAUCAGGAUUCUGGUUUAUUAUGUGUUCAGGUGAUGUAAACUAACUAAUAAGAUUUUAUUUUUAUCUGUAUUUCUUAAUGUCUACAUCUAUUAAGAUAUAUUGAAUAUUGGUCCAAUGGCUAAAAUACCAAUAGAUGAGCAAAUACGGUACUGUAUUGUGGAAUUUUUAUUGUAACUGUGUAUGCUUUUCAGAGGUAAUGAAUUAUACAGUAUUACGUGAAUA